UUAAAAUUUAGGGGAGCUUAAUAGUUCCAUUUACAAUGUUAAAUAUACUUAAACAAUGUCUAUACUGACAUCAAAGUACAUCUAACCGUUGUGAAAAUAUUAAAAAAUAAUGGAAGAGGUUUUGUCCAAUAAUAUUCCUAAAGAUUCAUGUUCUUCUACUUUGUCACAAGAAUCGUUUUACGUAAAGUUUGGGAAUGGAGUAGACAUAAAUACAAUGGAGUUGAUAUCGACUGAAAGAGAAUAUAAAAAUUCUGAACCUGAAGUAAAUCUUCCAAAGAAAGAAAAAGUGAAAUAUCCUCCUGAAUUAUUUUUUACUGCCCUUACGGAUUACCGACAUCAAUGUUAUUAUCAACAAACGCAAAAUUUUACUAGGAGACUUUCCAGAGCUGAAAAGCAAGAAGAAUGGAAACAAAUGGGAUCGGAAGCUUUGGCUACAGCAUUAUCAGCUCUUUAUGGAAAACUUUUGGUAGUGAUGGGGACAGCAUUUCCAAUGGCUGAAGUGAUCUCUACGUAUAUCCCACCAUCAUUUUACGAAGCAUAUUAUUUAUAUCUUUAUAUUGGCAGUAUGUUUUUUCUACUAUACAUGUAUAUCGUAUUAGCUAAUAAUAAACGGAGGAUAAAAAAAGAAAUGAAACAGGUUCCAGUAACGAACGAUCACGAAGAAUUUCAUUCAGACGAAGAUGAUGACGAAGAUAAUGAUUCCAAUGAUACAACUUGUUCUCAUAAUCGUAACCCGUACAGAAAUAGGAGGAUUUCGUUGUCAACCAUUCAUAAUAAGCAGAAUCAUUAUGGAAGUUUUUAUCUUAGAAUGGGUGCAGUGGCUUUUGGAAUAGGAAGUAUGAUAUAUUCUGGCUUGGAAUUUGGUCAAUACUUUGAGUUAGAAAUCGAUACAAAAUGCCAUAACGUUUUACUGGCUCUUACUCCUGCAACUAGAAUGGCAUUCAUCUUCAUACAAAUGUAUUUUAUAUUCUUGAACAAUGAGCAAAUUAGUGUUUACAAACAAAAAUUAGCUGCAAGAUUCGGUUUAAUGCAUAUGAUUGGUACUAAUUUGUCUGUUUGGUUGAACGUGUUAGUGCAAGAAACAAAACAUGAAAUUUUAACAUUUUAUAAUCCUGAAAAUAAUACUUUGAAAAUAUCACAUCGUAUCCCUUAUAAAAACAGCGUCUUAGGCCAUGGUCAUCAUUUUGACCACCGAACGGAGAAUAUUUCCCAUCAUAUAUCUACAAGGGGUUUAAAAGGCCCUCAUCAUUUAUAUGAAUGCAGAAGAACAAACAUAAUAGGAUCUUUAGUCCAAGACGCCGCACCAUUUUUAUUUCCUUGUACCAUAGAAUACAGCCUUAUAUGCGCAGCUAUCCUCUAUGUUAUGUGGAAAAGUAUAUCGAAACUUCCACCUGUCGGUUCAUCAGCUGCAAAAUUCAAAUUAGCAGAAAUGAAUAAAGUGAAAAGAAGCCCACAUCUUUAUUCGGUGGAUUGCGCCAGAGCUCACAAAGGAUUAUUUGUAGGGAUUCUAUUACUUGUUCUCACUAUUAUUUCAUUGAUAUUAUUCUUUGUGCUAAUAUCGCGAGUUGAGUUUAUAGGAUUAGCUGUAAUAGAAGUAAAUAUUUGUGAGCUUACGUUGUAUGCAUUGACAACAUUGGCAUCUAUUAUAGGAAUGUGGCAGAUGAGAAAUUUAAAAUAUAAUUUAAGUAAAAAUUUACAUUUAGAUAACAUACUUUUAGUAGGUGCCCAGACUGGCAUGUUUAUCUACAGUACGUUCACUAUAAUAGGAGGACAAUUCACUAUACAGAAAACUACUGUAUUAGUAUUAAUAACGGCUUUGAGUUCUCUAUUACAAACGACAUGUCAAACAAUUUUUAUCCUAGAUGCUUCUAGAAGAACGUGCUAUACUCCUGAACAAAUGAAAAAGAAACCAGGAAGGCAAAUCGUCACAUUUCUUCUUAUUACAAAUUUGGCUAUGUGGGCAAUUAAUACUUUGGAAAAAUCUAGAGCGGAAUCCCAUCCGAUCCAAUUGCACUUUUAUGGUUUAUGGGCUUGGACCAUUAUCACACACGUUUCUAUGCCGUUAGCUAUAUUUUAUAGAUUUCAUUCGACUGUGUGUCUUUGUGAAAUUUGGAAAAGGACCUAUAAAAUGAAACCUGCUUAUCUAUAAUGUGUAAUAAACGCAAAAAAAUUUAGCAAUGUCGCAUACUAUUUGCUGCAAAUUAUGUUUUCAUAAUUUUUAUUUAAAUUUUAUACUUAUUAUAGGCAUCCACAAUAAUUGUCAAUAGCUCAUGUUCAUUUGACUCAGUUCGAGUCAAAUAUAAAAUAGUAUAUUUGUAGUUUCUUCUUUUUCUAUAUUAAAAUUUAUUCCUUGAACUUAUCUGGAAAAUUUAUUAGAAGAAACUUCAUCAAUACCUUGAACAUUUCUACAAGUUCUUCCACAAUUUUAGGAAAACUUUUUUAUUCGACUCGGGGACUUGGAAAUAUCUCUUUUGCUUUUCCAAUAUAUUACCACUGGAAGUUCAUGAAAAGAACGAAAUAAAAACUGCAUUUAAAUUUUCCAACCAAAUUCAGUCAAUUGUAAUCAAAUAUGUGUGUGGUGUCUUUAUGGAACACAACAUCCAUUAUAUUGACAAACUAGGUUCGCUUCUAUUCAUUUUUUUCCUGUAAUCUACUCCUUAAUCGCAUAGUAAUUCCAAUCCAAUAUAUAUUGAAACAUGACUUCAUUUUAUUGUGUUUUAACAAAGUACCGCAAAUAUUUAUAUGAUUAGUUAAAAGUUACUCUAUCGGUAUUACUGGAUAUUUCGCCACAAACACCAUUUACUGUGAAAAUUGGAGAAAACUUUUUAGAUUCCUAUUAUUUAUAAAACAAGUUUGUUUAUUUAAUAUUAGUAUUAUUUUAGUAUUAAACUUAUAAAUUAAAAUUGAUACUAAUAGACUUCUAUAUGUACUAAACUAGUUAGAAGUUAUGAAUGUUUUGAGUCAGAGUAAAUAAGCUGUAUUUGGAUUUCAUGUUAUUAGGUACUGCUGACAUUCGCUAGGUUGCUAGUUAGAAAUCGUUUUAGUAUUAGAUAAUGAAUUACAGCAGAACAAGAGUUAAGUUACCAGGAAAGCUAUGAACAAUAUCAUAUACCUAUUACAAACUUGUUAGUUGUCUGAAUAAAUACAUUAAAAUUAUAGUUUUAAAAAAAUCUGAAGUCACUUCCAUAAAGAUGAGAACUAAAUAAUAAAUUCCAAAGUUAUUUCUAUAAGCUUAAAGUGAGACUAUUAAUUACAAAAAUUAUGUCAAAAAGAUAGUUGACUUUCAACAUUUUUUUGAAAACUAUAAUUUUAUGUUCAUUAUUUUGGAUAAAAAUACAGAUAGAAAUUGAAGAAAAUAGUUUAUGUCAAUAAACAAUAUAAAUAAAAAGUAAGGGGUCUUUUCUAAAAUAAAAAAGAAUUAAAUAGAAUAGUUGUAAUUUUGAUGCCUUAUGAACAAUGAAAGCCAUUCAAAAUAAAAUUUCAUUUUAAUCAAAACCUAAAUAGAUCGUUCCAUUUGGAAUAAAUAAAA